GGAGGUAACAUGGCGGCCGGGAUUGGCUGCUGCAGGAGGCCGGGUACCAUGGCUGCGCUCGGAGCUCGGGCUCUGUGGAUGCUCUUUGUGGCCGGAGUCGGUGUCACCGCCGCCGGGAGGCAGAACUUGUAUACACCCACAGAAUGGCGGGAGCCGGGGCCAUUCACUGUCACUGUCCCCGAGGGGCCAACGGGGGCCACAGUCCGCAGGAGGAGGAGCCUGGAGCCAAUUACCGAGCCUCCCAUCCAGGUGUACGGACAGGUCAGUCUGAAUGAUUCUCACAAUCAGAUCGUCGUACAUUGGGCUGGCGAAAAAAGCAAAGUGAUCGUUGGUUUAACCAGAGACAGUCAGACGUUCUCAGGGACUAAGAGCAGUAAUGUUUACGUGUCCUAUGAUUAUGGUAAAAGCUUUAAGAAAAUCUCAGAGAAAUUCAUUUUCCCAGACGGCAAUACAAGCGUUCCAGCAGUGGCGCAGUUCUUUCACAGCCCUGUGGAUAAUAAGAGGUACAUCUUCGUGGAUGCCAGUUCUUCAUACCUGUGGAUCAGCACUGAUUUCUGUACCACAGUCACAGGGUUCUCUGUGCCCUUUAAACCCACUGACCUUCUCUUGCACAGCACAGAUCCAAACCUUGUUCUUGGCUAUGACAAGUCACACCCCAAUAAGCAGCUUUGGAAAUCGGAUGAUUUUGGCCACACCUGGUUAAUGAUUCAAGAACAUGUGAAAUCCUUUUAUUGGGGUGUGCAUCCAUAUGACAAGCCGAAUACAGUUUAUGUUGAACGCCACGAACCUCGGGGGACGUCCACUGUCCUUCGCAGUAUAGACUAUUUUCAGUCCAGAGAGAAAACCGAAGUCAUUUUAGAAGAUGUUGAUGCAUUUCAGUUGCGGGAAAAAUAUAUGUUUGCCACAAAGACCAUGCGUCUCUUCGGUGGAAAGAAUCCAUUUUCCGUCCAGCUCUGGGUUUCUUAUAACCGCAAUCACAUGAGAAUGGCGCAGUUUGCAACCAGACAUCCUAUAACCGAAUAUUACAUCACCGAUGCAUCUGAAGAUCAGGUGUUCGUGUGCGUCACUCACACCAACAACGUGACAAACCUGUACAUUUCGGAAGCAGACGGUCUAAGAUUUUCACUUUCUUUGGAAAAUGUUCUGUAUUUUAACCCUGAGCAAGUGGGAGCAGAAACAUUGGUCAGAUAUUUGGAGAAGGAGCCCUUUGCUGAUGUACACCGCGUGAAAGGGAUCAGUGGCGUUUACAUCGCUAAUAUGAUAAAUGGAUCCUUCUCGAAGGAGAACAUGCGUUCCGUUAUAACAUUUGAUAAAGGCGGGACGUGGGAAUUUCUUCAGGCCCCGGUUUACAAUGGUUACGGAGAGAAGUGUGAGUCAUCACGCGGUUGUUCACUUCACUUGGCGCAGCCACUCAGCAGAAUGAUUACCUUUCAGUUUCGGGUCAUGCCAAUUCUCUCCAAGGAGUCUGCACCGGGUUUAAUCAUGGCUACAGGUACCGUUGGGAGGGACAUGACCGGUAAAACAAACAUGUAUGUUUCCAGCAGCGCCGGAGUAAGAUGGCGGGAGUCACUUCUCGGCCCCCACUACUGUACUUGGGGAGAUCACGGAGGGAUCCUGGUUGCAAUUGCUCAAGGAAUGGAAACCAAUCAAUUAAAGUACAGUACGAACGAAGGAGAGACGUGGAAGACUUUUCAGUUCUCCAAAGAGCAGUUGCUGGUUUACGGGUUACUCACUGAACCUGGCGAGAAGAGCACCAUAUUUACCAUAUUCGGUUCAUACACGGGAACCGGGCACAGCUGGGUCAUACUACAGGUCAAUGCCAGCGAUGUACUUGGUAUCCCAUGCUCAGAAAACGACUAUAAGCUAUGGUCUCCAUCUGACGAGCGCGGCAAUGAAUGCUUGCUGGGACGUAAAACUGUUUUUAAAAGGCGAACGCCUCAUGCCACCUGCUUUAAUGGGGAAGACUUUGAUCGGCCAAUUACCAUCUCUAACUGUUCCUGCACCAGGGAAGAUUUUGAAUGUGACUUUGGAUUUAAGCCAAGUCGGGAUUUGCUAUCAGAAGUCUGUGUUCCUGACCCGGACUUCACCGGCAAACUAUACCCGAUCCCUGAUCCUUGUCCUGUGGGGGCCACAUAUAAACGAACCAAAGGCUAUCGCAGGGUUUCUGGAGACACGUGUUCUGGGGGUGAUGUUCAUAGUCGCCUGGAAGGAGUGGAAGUUGCUUGUCCUGUGGGAGUGGAGAAUGAGUUCAUUUUAUAUGCCAUGAGAAGCUCUAUCUAUCGCUACGAUCUUUCCUCUGGUGUCAGUGAAGAGCUCCCCCUGAAGGGCCUGCGCAGUGCGGUGGCGCUGGACUUUGACUAUCAGAGCAACUGUUUAUUUUGGGCAGAUGUCACGCUUGACCUCAUUCAGCGUCUCUGUUUGAAUGGAAGCUCUGGACAGGAAGUUAUUAUCAGGAGUGGUUUGGAGACCGUGGAGUCCUUGACGUUUGAUCCUCUAAGUCAAUUACUCUAUUGGGUUGAUACGGGAACAAAGAAAAUUGAGGUAGCCAACACAGAUGGAGAUUUACGUCUUACUAUCCUAAACUCUACGGUUCUAGAUAAACCCAGGGCUUUGGCUUUGGUGCCUUCUGAGGGCCUGAUGUUUUGGACAGACUGGGGAGAUGAACGACAUGGGAUUUACAGAAGUGAGAUGGACGGAUCUGGCGUGACUCAUCUUGUCUCAGAGGGCAUUAAGUGGCCCAAUGGUAUUACUGUGGACGAACAAUGGGUUUACUGGACAGAGUCUUACAUGGAUCGAAUUGAAAGGAUUGAUUUUAACGGACAGCGUCGGCUGGUCGUACUGGAAAAUCUACCGCAUCCAUAUGCCAUCGCUGUGUUUAAGAAUGAAAUCUAUUGGAAUGACUGGUCACAGCUAAGUAUUUUCCGAGCUUCGAAAUACAAUGGCGCAAAGAUGGAGGUUGUGAUUGGACGCCUAUCUGGAGUCAUGGAUAUGAAAAUUUUCUACAGAGGAAAAUCGGCAGGGCACAACGCCUGUGUUUUAAAGCCCUGCAGCCUCUUCUGCCUUGCGAAAGCCAACAACAGCCGGUCCUGCAGGUGUCCAGAGGGAGUGAGGGAGUCUCAACUGCCGUCUGGGGAGACCCAGUGUGAGUGUCCACAGGGUUACCAACUGAAGAACCAGACCUGCAUGAAGCAAGAUAAAACAUGCCUGCCGACUCAGUACAGGUGCAGCAAUGGGAACUGUAUAAGCGGUAUUUGGCGAUGUGACAGCGACAAUGACUGCGGGGAUAUGAGCGACGAGAAAAACUGCCCUACUACCACCUGUGACCCUGAAACUCUAUUCAGAUGCCAAGGAUCAGGAGCCUGCAUCCCACUCUCAUACAAAUGUGACCUGGAAGAUGAUUGCGGGGAUAACAGUGAUGAGAUUCACUGCGAGGCUCACCAGUGUAAAGACGAUGAAUUUAACUGCACCUCUGGCAUGUGCAUUCGCCAGUCGUGGGUCUGUGAUGGCGACAAUGAUUGCAGGGAUUGGUCUGAUGAAGCCAACUGUACAGCGAUCUCUCAUACAUGUGAAGCUUCCAGCUUUCAGUGUCAUGACAGUCACUGCAUCCCGCAAAGAUGGAAAUGUGACGGGGAUAUGGACUGCCAGGAUGGCUCGGAUGAAGACGUAAUUCUGUGCGGCCACACGUGUAAAGGAUUUCAGUGCAAUAAUGGAACGUGCAUCCCAUCCAGCCAGCACUGUGAUGGUACAAUCCAGUGUCCAGGUGGUGAAGAUGAGCGGCAGUGUGAGCCGUUGUGUACUCGUUACAUGGACUUUGUGUGCAGGAACCGGCUGCAAUGUUUGUAUCACUCUAUGGUCUGUGAUGGCAUUGUGCAGUGUCGCGAUGGAUCGGAUGAGGAUCCUCGCUAUGCUGGCUGUGCUCAGGAAGCAGAGUUUCAGCGAACAUGUGACUCUUUUAGCUUUUUAUGCCAAAAUGGAGUUUGCAUCAGUUUAGUUUGGAAAUGUGACGGAAUGGACGAUUGUGGAGAUUAUUCAGACGAGGCAAACUGUGAAAAUCCAACAGACACCCCAACGUGCUCCCGCCAUUACCAGUUUCAGUGUGAAAACGGCCACUGCAUCCCGGCACGCUGGAAAUGCGAUCGUGAGAAUGAUUGUGGCGACUGGUCAGACGAGAAGGAUUGUGAAGAACCAGUUCCUCAAACUACCACAGCGCCCCCUACCUGCCCUUCCAAUCAGUUCCGCUGUGACAAUGGCGUGUGCAUCAUGAACACCUGGGUGUGCGAUGGCUACAAAGACUGCAUCUCUGGAUCUGACGAGGAAGGAUGCCCCUCAAUGUCAACCAAUAAAACCUCACCGACUCCAUCAUCCCACGGCCGAUGCCAGACGGCAGAGUUUGAAUGUAAGAAAUGGACGUAUUGUAUACCAGACUGGAAGAGAUGCGAUGGCAUCAGAGACUGUCAGGACGGCACCGAUGAGCUGCACUGCCCUACUCGUGCAUCUACUCCCUGUGUUAACGGGUCUCUGUGUGAAGAUGGGGAGGCGUGCAUUGCUCUGUCCGACACUUGUGAUGGCUUUCUGGACUGUUCCGAUGGCAGCGAUGAAGCAAACUGCACAGAUGACACCAUAGUAUACAAAGUUCAGAACCUGCAAUAUAAAGCAGAUUUCAGUGGGGAUGUCAGCCUGACCUGGACCCGUCCCAAAAAGAUGCCUCUCUCAUCCUGCAUCUACAAUAUUUAUUACAGGGUUAUCGGUGAAAGCAUAUGGACGAUCCUGGACUCCCAAAGCAAUAAGACCAUCUGCAUCUUAAAGAUUCUCAAACCAGACACGACGUAUCAGGUGAAAGUCCAGGUUCGUUGUCUUCGGAAAACUUACAACACCAAUGAUGUCAUCACACUGCGAACUCCCGAGGGGCUCCCAGGUGCCCCUCAGCAUCUCCAGUUAUCUCUGAAUAAAGAUGUUGACGAGGUUAUAACCGCCAGCUGGGUCCCGCCUGCUGACGCUCACGGUAUAAUAAGAGAGUAUAUAGUAUCUUACAGCAUCAAUGGAACGAAGUCAUGGUGGUCGUUUAAUUCCCAGGUGAAUUCCACCAGCAUUAAAUCUCUGGAAUCGGACACGGUUUACGCUGUACGGGUGGCUGCCGUUACUGGCCGUGGUGUGGGGGUGUGGAGCGACACAAAAACCAUUUACACUAGAAAAGGAAAAGUUAUCCCACUUCCAACCAUAACCAUUCAGAGCGUCAAUGAGAGCGCUGUGGAAUUCAUGUUAAAAGUGGACUCUGACGUUCAGGUCUAUGGUUACUCCAUGUCCUUAGUUUGGGAGUUUGACUCACACGUACAAGAAAAAAGAGCGCUUCAGUUUGAUGGACAGACUGCAACAUGUGAAGUCCAUAACCUAACUGCACAUACGGCCUAUGAGAUCUCUGUCUGGGCGAAAACCAGUUUUGGGGACAGUGCUGUGUCCUUUAGACACUUCGUGACAACGGGUAUAAAGCCAGCCGCGCCAAGUCUGAAAGCCAGAGCCAUUAACCAGACAGCCGUGGAAUGUAACUGGACGGGAGAGAGAGACGUGACUUAUGGAAUAUUUUAUGCAACCUCGUUUUUAGAGCUUCACAGGAGCCCACUAAACAUAAAUACUACUCUUCACAACGCGUCGGUUAUUGUGAAUAGAGAUGAGCAGUACCUGUUCUUGGUUCGGGUAGUAUCGCCGUACCUAGGUCCUCCUUCAGAUUAUGUGGUGGUAAAAAUGAUUCCUGAUAACAGACUGCCGCCACGCCAUCUUCACUGCGUGCAAGUCGAUAAAACAUUUGCUGUUAUUAAGUGGGAAUCGCCAUAUGAUUCUCCGGACAGCAAAAUGGCUUAUAUUGUUGCUGUGAAGGAUUUGAUAAAGAAGAGUGAUCAAAAUUACAAGGUAAAUACUCAGAACAGCACCGUCGAGUACCGGAUCGGAAACCUGGAACCGGGAGGCAAAUACAGUGUCAUCGUCCAACUGCGCAACAUGAGCAGAGAAGCCAGUAUCAAAGUGAACACAGUCCUGCUGUCUGCACCAGAAGCUCUGAAACUCAUCAGUGAAAAUGACCAUAUCUUACUUUAUUGGAAGAGUUUGGCUUUAAAGGAAAAGAUGUUUAACGAAAGCAGAGGUUACGAAAUACACAUGUUUGACAGCGCCAGUAACUUGACCACAUGCCUGGGAAAUACAACCGAUAACGUCUUCAAAAUUUCCAACUUGAAGAUGGGUCAUAAUUACACCUUCUCUGUUCAAGCUAGAUGCCUGUAUGGUGGGCAGAUCUGUGGUGAGCCAGCUGUUCUUCUCUUCAAUGAGCUCGGCGCCGCAGUGGAUCCAGCUUCACCUCAGUCCGUGCAGUCCAGUGACGUGGCCGCCAUCGUGGUACCAAUUUUGUUUCUGCUCCUAGUGUCCAUGGGUGUGGGCUUUGUCAUAUUGUACAUGCGGCACAGGAGACUUCAGAACAGCUUCACUGCAUUUGCAAACAGCCAUUAUAGCUCACGGCUUGGAUCUGCCAUCUUUUCAUCUGGCGACGAUAUCGGUGAUGAUGAUGAUGAUGAUUCACCCAUGAUCACCGGAUUUUCAGACGACGUACCUAUGGUUAUAGCGUGAAUCAAAUUCAUUAUUGGGUUAAAUCCAAAUGAUGUAAAUAUUUUUAUUUCUGAAAGAUAGUGUUUAUUUUUUUUAAUUUUUUUUUUUUUUUUAAGUUUAGAUUUUUUUUUUCUCUUUCCUUUUUUCUUUUUCCAGAUGCACUUUGAGUUGCAAUGUUAUUUUUAUAUAUCGCAAAAAAAAAAUGCAAACUUUGUGGUACUGAACUGUGAAAUGCUAAAUUAUUCCCCCUCCCCCCCCCAACUGUCAUUUUUAUUUUAAUCCUAUUUUGACCCAUUUGCCCCUGAAAUGAAAUUAAGUAUGGUUCUGAUUUUUAGUAUGGAUAUUGUACUGGUAACGUGUGCCAAUUUGGGACGGGUAAUGAAAAUCCAGAAAAGACCCCAGAACAGCAGCUUUCUAUGGUGCCUUAUUGGUUUAAAAAACCAAGACUUGUUCAUCUCAUGGAUAGUCGAUCUGUAGAUCUAUCCCAUCUAGAACUUUCCAAUAGGUGACGGGGCCACACAAGUCCAGUCAUUUUCUAUUGUUUUGCCAAACUGCUGAUAUGAGCCACAGCCAGGGGUGGGCAAGCAUUGGCACCGGUGGGCCACUUUGGCUUCUGCAAGUGCCAGUAAUUGUUCGUCCCCUGCCCACUACAGAAUCUCUGCCAAAGCAUUAUUAGACUGUGUGUUCUCCGCAGAAAGUCAGGAUUGAAGGGGUCAAAGUCUUGCUCUGUUUUUAUGUUUGUAAAAUAUCUUCCCAGCAAAAUGUUGCUUUUUUUUUUUUGCGAUUUAAGUGACAGGAUAGGAUCCCAAACUCUGCCCUGAACCAAAUCUUGUGCAGGCCUGUCAUUCUCGCCACACAUGCCCUAAGUGUGCUGGUUAUGUUGCACACUUUCCAUCCCAUAACACGGUGCCUUUUUGGAUUUUAAUGGUGAACCCAAGAGAAUGCGCAGACGCACAUUGUGAGAUUUGCAAUAAUUUGGGGAUAGGAGUUCUUAUUUCAGAAAUCUCUCUAAUCCCUUAGUUCUUGGCCUUGAUGCUUGCCGUCAUUCUCUGAACGGUUAAUUUCUCCCAAAUAGGAAAAGAAAAAUAAGUGUGGUGUAAUAGCUCACACACCAGAAUGUGUUCUCUUGGCCUCUCAAUCCCUCUGGGUGUACUGUGCUUCAUUUACCGAGUCAUGUGGUCAGUAUGUGUCGCAUGGAUUACCGUACAGCAGAAAUAAUCACAAGAAAUGACAAGGCUGUCCUCUUAAUUUAUGGCUUUGUCGUGACAUUUGGUAAAAUUACAAUUCUCUAUUUUCAGUGGGUAAUAUUUGUUUGUCUUCUCCCACUUAUUAUCUGAGGAUGGUGGGAGCUGCAGUCCUCUAUAGCUGACGUGCCUGCAUUAGACCUUUUUGCAUGGAGAAUGUGUUUUUGCUUUUAAUACUUCCUGCGCAGAUGCUGAGAGUAUCUGAGAAACCGUCAUAGUUCAAUCUAUAACUGUAUAACCGCCAUGCAGAUAUGUAUACUGGGAGUAAAACGCAGUUCCGUGUAUAUGUUUAACACAUUUUAAAGCACUGUUAGUACACCAAUAAUUUAGGGUUGUUGUAUAUAAAGAUUCAAUUUUUUUCACUGAUUUGCUUGAAACAUGCAAAUUAAAUGAUUCACUGCACUUUGUCCAUACGCAGCUCUCGUGCUGUGAGGUCAUUACGCACAUUCUUCAGGGUUAGGCAGAUUUUUGUAAAAUUAUCAGCUGUUUCUUACAUUAUUUUGCUGGCCCUUUAUUGUCUCAGGGGCCAAAGCAUUGUCCAUCACUGAAUGGACAUUGGACAUGAAUGUGAAAUUUGUUCAGGACCAAACUGUUGACUCUUGGUGUCGCUUGUGUUGUGCCAUUUUGUCUGUGACUGUGAUGGAUGCAGAGUUCGAUUAGAGUGACGGCCAUGUCGUCUUUAUCUGGUUUCAAGGUCUAAUGGCAUGUGAUGUCCAUGUUGGCCAUCUACUAUCAAUAAUAAUAAUAAUAAUAAUAAUACAACCUAUAAUAUCUUUUCUUUUGCUUCUCCAGACGUUAAAAUAUGGUGUAAAUGGUACAGAAUCCCUGCUUCCUCUGCUGCUGAUUUUUAUUUUAGAUUCAGUCCCCCCCCCACCCCCCCAUCCUUUCUUUCUCCCCCGUCUCUGGAUGUGUAAUGUCAGCUAUCUGUGUGCCUUGCGCUGCUCCUGCAUUGUACUAUAACCUUGCACGUAGCUCUGAAUAGAAGCAGGACGGGUUGCAGACAUGGGAGGUGAAUGCAGUACCAUUUGUUCCCCAUAAUCUCUCUACCUCUGUACAUUCUAUUCCAUACAAUAUGGAGUAUUUACAGAAUUGUGAUGGAUUGGCCAGGGAUAUGCAAAUUGUAGGUUAAAAUGGCCAAAUCAGAAAAGUGUCCAAGCUAUUAUUUUUCUAUUUCAACUAUUUUGAGCUAAUAUUUGCAAUCAGAUUUUUAAUUCUCUCCAAUUCCCUUUUAAUGAAUAAAUUAACAUUUAUGAGAGAAUUUGUUUCUGUGGCUUUAAAUCCACUCUCCUCUGUAUUCUGUGGUUUUGGAUCUAACUUGCGGUCAGUCAGGCUGUGUGUCAAGAAGCCACCUAGAACUCGGCAAGUCAGGAGAGACCUGCGCACAGUCUCCAGGCCAGCCCCAGAAACACAGGGUAUUCACUGAAGUGGGAAUUGUCUGAAAUAACCAAACUGUAAAUAAUUAUUCAAGUCCCCUAUGUUUGGAGUUUGGCUAUCUUUACACUAACUUUAAAUCCUUCUUGGGUUGAGACUUUAGUGACUAACCCGGUUUUUAUUGUUCGCCAAACGAUGUUUUUCAUUCUAAGUGUGCGGUGUAAUUGCAAGAAAGCCUACAGAUCCAGUUAAUUUAUUUUGUAAAUUACGAUUGAACCCAUUGGCUACCCCGGCAGCUUAGAAAACGCAAUACUCUCUCUGUCCCAUAACCGGUUAGAGGUGCAGGGCAAGUUUAUUCUAAUGAUUUGUUUUUAACUGUUGUUUUUAUAUAUUGUGGAUUUUCCGCGGAUCCAGUGAUCAAUUGUUGCCAAUUGACAUUGAUUUUUGGAUGCUAAAGGGAUAUUUUAUUAAAUGUACAUGUUUGAUUACAGUGUGAAUGUUUACAUCAAACGUUUAAUGUU